AUGGCUCUGAAGCGCUUCUGGUCCGCGCUGCGCCCCGGCCUGCCCCGCCUCGCCGGGUUGUCCACGGCGCCGGCGGCCCGCAAGCAGCCCGGCGCGGGCUCUGGAGCGGUGCCGGGACGCGGGGCGACCGAGACCGUGCGGCCGCCGGUGCCCGCCGUGGACUUCGGCAACACACAGGAGGCGUACCGCAGCCGGCGCAGCUGGGAGCUGGCGCGCAGCCUGCUGGUGCUGCGCCUGUGCGCCUCGCCCGCGCUGCUGGCGCGCCACGAGCAGCUGCUCCACUUCACCAGGAAACUUCUGGGGCACAGGCUGUUUGACAAGCUCAUGAAGAUGACCUUCUAUGGGCAGUUUGUGGCCGGCGAGGACCAGGAGUCCAUCCGGCCCUUGCUCCAGCACAACGAGGCCUUCGGUGUUGGCUCCAUCCUAGACUACAGCGUGGAGGAGGACCUGAGCCCCGAGGAGGCCGAGCGCAAGGAGAUGGAGUCCUGUACCUCAGCUGCGGAGAGGGAUGGCAGCGGCACGAACAAGAGGGAGAAGCAGUACCAGGCCCACCGUGCCUUUGGAGACCGCAGGGAUGGCGUCAUCAGUGCCCGCACCUAUUUCUACGCCAACGAGGCCAAGUGCGACAGCCACAUGGAGACGUUCCUGCGCUGCAUCGAGGCCUCAGAAACACACCAGACCCCGCACGACCUGUGCUGGCCCUGCGACCCUCCUGUUAGAGGCAGUGAGUCCCACACCAUCUGAGCGUUUUAGGCUCCUAACGGGGCUGGAGGGCCCGGGUGGCUGGCACGGCCAUCGGAGCAUCAGGGUGAGGAGUGUCUCCUGCUCUGCGUCUGUGGGUCUGCCUGUGGUGCUGGUGGCACAGGGGAGGAAACUGAGGCAGGGAGACUUGGGGCCGCUCGUCAGUGGGCAGGUGGCUUCUUCGCCCACUGUCAUCCUGUAUGCAUGUGGUAAACACAACCGGCCCCUCCUACCUGGCGGGGGCCUCAGGGCUGGGUCACCCAGGCUCCUGCCCUCCUCCCACCCUGUGCCUUCCCCACGUGCCUCUCUGGGGCCUUUGCAGCUUUUCCUAUGGCUUCUGAUAGGCGGAGCCUGUGAGGACGGCUUCUUGGCCAUUAAGCUCACUGCGUUGGGGAGACCCCAGUUUCUGCUGCAGUUCUCAGACGUGCUGACUAAGUGGAGACGCUUCUUUCACGAAAUGGCCGUAGAGCAAGGGCAGGCAGGGCUGGCCGCCAUGGACACGAAGCUGGAGGUGGCUGCGCUGCAGGAAAGCAUCGCCAAGAUGGGCAUCGCGUCCAGGGCAGAGAUCGAGGGCUGGUUCAGGGCGGAGACCCUGGGCGUGUCCGGCACUGUGGACCUGCUGGACUGGAGUGGCCUCGUCGACAGCAGGACCAAGCUCUCCCAGCACCUGGUGGUCCCCAACACACAGACAGGACAACUGGAGCCCCUGCUGUCCCGGUUCACCGAGGAGGAGGAGCUGCAGAUGACGAGGAUGCUGCAGCGGAUGGACAUCCUGGCCAGGAGAGCCAGGGAGGUGGGCGUGCGGCUCAUGGUAGACGCCGAGCAGACCUACUUCCAGCCGGCCAUCGGCCGCCUGACGCUGGAGAUGCAGCGCAAGUUCAAUGUGGAGAGGCCGCUCGUCUUCGGCACCUACCAGUGCUACCUCAAGGACGCCUAUGACAAUGUGACUCUGGAUGUGGAGCUGGCUCGCCGUGAGGGCUGGUGUUUCGGGGCCAAGCUGGUGCGAGGGGCGUACAUGGCCCAGGAGCGCGCCCGAGCUGCGGAGAUCGGCUACGAAGACCCCAUCAACCCCACGUACGAAGCCACCAACGCCAUGUACCACAGGUGCCUGGACUACGUGCUGGAGGAGCUGAAGCACAGUGCCAAGGCCGUGGUGAUGGUGGCUUCCCACAACGAGGACAGUGUGCGCUUCACUCUGUGCAGGAUGGAGGAGCUGGGCCUGCACCCUGCUGACCGCCAGGUGUACUUUGGACAGCUGCUGGGCAUGUGCGACCACAUCAGCUUCCCGUUGGGCGGGCUUCCCCGUGUACAAGUAUGUGCCCUAUGGCCCCGUGAUGGAGGUGCUGCCCUACUUGUCUCGCCGCGCCCUGGAGAACAGCAGCCUCAUGAAGGGCGCCCAGCGGGAGCGGCAGCUGCUGUGGCAGGAGCUCAAGCGGCGGCUCCGCACCGGGAGCCUCUUCCACCGCCCAGCCUAGUGCCCACUGCCGCGCCACUACCCUUGGCCUCCAUGCACCCCGGCUGUGGACUCCCAAGGCCCUCAUGCCCAGCAGGGACUUGGGAGUGGGGUCUGGGUGGCCCCUAGGCUGUCACCAUAGCUGCAGCCCAAUCCCAGCCUUGGAGAUUACCUAUUUACACCCAAGACUUUGAGACCUGUGGGAGGUGGGGCCCCGCCCAGGAUGUGGGCACUCAGCGUGGGCUGAGUCUGAUACCCAUCUGAGCCACUGUGAACUGUUGGGACCUCCCCACCUCCCCAUGUGUGCAGCCUAUGCCCUUGGACCUGGAGGAUGGCCUUCUGCCAGGGGCCAGCCCACACUGCGAUCCCCCUGGGUGGCCAGUGGCUAGGCAGGGGAGGCCCACCUGGUCAAUAAACCACUGUCCCUACAGCUGAGGGCCCCGACUCUCCUGCAGCGCCCUUGCACUGGGUCAGCUCUGGGCAGCAAGGAAGGAGUGCCUUGGAUGGGGCCUGAGAAGUCUCCUCCGAGACUCUGGCGCCAUCUGUCCCGAGGCCAGGUCCAGUGCA